ACCCCACAUCCCCAGGGUGUUCUGGUCCCCCUUAAGGGCGCCUGGCCAGCACUGGCCCCGUGCCCUGAGCCUGACAGGCGUUCCCAGCUGCUCCACCAUGGAGGAGACGGUGCCCUCGGUGGAGGCCUACGAGGCUGCCAUGGUGCUGAGCGGGGUGGGGGACGCGCUGGGGUACCGGGCAGGCCGCUGGGAAUACUGCACCUCGGGCCCCCAGAUCCACGCUGAGCUGGCCCAGCUGGGCGGGCUGGCAGCCAUCAGCCUGGAGCCCCCCGAGUGGCCCGUGAGCGACGACACCGUCCUGCACCUCGCCACCGCCGAGGGGCUGGCCACAGGCCUGGAGGGGGAACCCCUCCUGCAGGAGCUGGCUCGCCGCUAUGUGGCCGCCAUGGGGGACAUGGAGGGACGCAAGCCCGGACCCAGCAGCAUCCUAGGCACCUCGCAGCUGCGGCCAGGGGAGCCCGAGGGCUAUCGCAUCCCCUUCAACCCCCGAGGCACCGGCUGCGGGGCCGCCAUGCGCAGCCUGGCCAUCGGCCUCAGGUACCCACAUGCCUGCGAGCUGCCGACCCUGAUCCGGGUGAGCAUCGAGAGCGGGCGCAUGACCCACCACCACCCCACUGGAUACCUCGGAGCACUGGCAGUGGCCCUCUUUGGGGCACUGGGGGCUCGAGGUGAACCCCCAGAGCGCUGGGGGGCUGAGCUGUUGCGGGUCCUGCCCCUGGCAUGGGACUACGUGGAGGGCACCGGGGUGGCCGUGGAGGACAAUGCUGCUGCCUGGCCAUUCUUUGGGGAGGCGUGGCACCGGUACCUGGACUCCCGUGGGCUCCUGGAAGGCCGUGGCCCACCACGGGUGCCAUCCCUCCCAUCCCCAGCUGAGCGGGACACAGAGUACCUAGGCUGGGCAUUGGAGGGGUGGCCAGGGCGUAGCGGCCACGAUGCACCCAUGGUGGCCUUGGAGUCCCUGCUGGCAGCUGGCAGGAGCUGGGAAGAGCUGUGUGCCAGGGCUGUGCUGCACGGGGGGGACAGUGACUCCACGGGGACCAUCGCUGCUGGCUGCUGGGGGCUACGGGAGGGGCUGGCCGGGGUCCCGCCGGGGCUGCACUGCCGCCUCGAGCACCGUGGGCGGCUGCGCGACGCUGCCCACCGGCUGCACGCGCUGGCCUGGGGGACACCAUGAGUCUGUCCCUGCUACCACCUGCUGUCCCUGCUACCCCUGCUGUCCCUCUCCACGGAAAGCUGCUGGGGCUGCCAGGGCACAGCAGAGACCUGCAUGGGGUCAUGGAGGGGCUUGGGUGCUACUGGCCUGGGAGACCCUUCAGGGUGUGCUGGGGUCCAAGGCAAGCCCAGGGACACCACGCCAGCUGCUUUCCCUCAUAGCCCUCCCCAGAACUGGCCAAGGAGCCUCAGCCACCCCUCAGUAAAAAACAUCUCCAGAGUCA